AUGGACCGUCGAAUUUUUGCGAUCGAUAGCACCACGGAGCACGCCUGUCUAGAUAUGUGACAUGUCCGGCUGCCUCUAAUUACGCGUAAUUUCAUGCUCAAAGUGCUCAAACAGAGCUCAAAUUCGAGUUUGCGGGCCUUUACGGCCAGUCCAUCUUAUCGAUUUAUUCUCGCGUUUGACGUUGCUCGUCGUAAAACGAUAACUGACGUAAACGCGAGGCCAUGCGAGAUAUGUAGCCGAUGGGGCUCACGUUUGCGAUGCCUGCAUGUAACCGGUCCUCGCGGAUUCCUCGGAAUUUUCCACCGGUUGAAAGUAACGGACAAUUGGGACUACGUUAUCCGCUCGCGGCUAGACGAGAAUCUUCGACCGAUCUGUGAACCGAUAUCCUAAAAAGAAAAUGGAUCCUUUCUUUGAAAGAGACAGGGAGACCAGGAAGGAUGAUAAGAGUGUGAAACAAAGUAUAGGGCGUGGAUUUCGUCUGUGGUCACAAAGGGAAAGAGGAGGACUCAGGCGGCCGCAUGGUGCAUCAACUGCUAGUCAAUCCAAAUCCGACUCCUCGGCAACUGCAGUCACAACUCAACAUAACCAGGAAGAGAAGAAAUUUGCUCUGUCACCUCAGGCAGCGGAGUUUGUUCCAAGAGCCAUGCAAUCUCAUAAGUCAUCGUCUUCUGCUGCAGAACCUAACAUAUAUUCACCUUCUUCCAUUCCCCAAUCUACCCACAUGUAUCCAAAGUCACUGCAAGACAGACUUAGAAUAGCUCGUGAAAUACCACCAAAUGUAUACAUACCUUCUUUGCCGGAUGACAAUGCACUUGAAGAUGCUUUGGAACAGCAGUGCAAUAUACAGGAUUCUCACGUAGAAAAUUACAAUAAUUAUAAAUAUGAUGAAAAUGAUGAGGAGAAUGAAAAGAAGCAACAGAACGCAAAGGAAGAGGCUUACAACUUUGAGACUUACGAACAUCUCGUCAACAUCAUAAACAUUUUAAUUAUGAAUCCUGCAGAGUUUACAAAUCUUGUGCCACCAUUUAUGGAUAAGCUUAGGUCGAGCGGAAACAUGCGUUGUCUGCAAUUAGUUCUGACGACCAUAAUCGAAUAUUCUAUAGAUCACAGUAAUUUUCGAUAUAACGGAGCUCGAAUAUGUAAAUAUUUCGAUACCAGCUUAGAAGAACCCAAAGGACAGUACAUGUUUUCCAAACAUCUAUUCAGGGAAUUGUUAUACUUCCAAUGCAAAUGUGAGACUCAAUUACUUGAACCUGAUUGGCUUAAUAAACCUGAGGAGGAACGGGAAGCCCGCCAAUGGAAGUGCAAUGGACUAAUACUGUUUCUAGCAGAGUUGGUUGCUCAGAUGGAUGAAGCUUAUGCUUUCACCUUAGGAGAGCUUUUAGUCUUAUCUAUUACUAUAGUACUGCAAAGACCAGCGUCGAGUUCCGUCAAAUAUAUAUGCCAAGCACUAAAAUUGGCGGGUCACGUAUUAGAAAAGGACAAAAGCAGGAGUAAAGACAUGGAGAAUAUGAUGCGGGCGCUAACGGAACUUGUAAAUAACGGACAAGUCGAUACGCAUGUGGGAAAUAUGGUGAACAGCGUGCACGAAUUACGGAAGGAUUUGGGAAGGAGCAUGUCCAAUUAUGAUUCAUCUAGCUCAAGCAAUAUAUUGUUUAACGAGAUGCAACGUCAGCCCGAUCAAUUGGGCGCGUCUAAUUAUAAUUCAACCGAAAUUGGUGCUGUAUCAUUGAAGAUACAACAUCCGAUGUCGCAGAAAAUGCAAUUCAACCAGCCGGUAAUGUACGGACCUGACGGCGAGAUUUUGUCUGCGGAAGAAAGUGCGUUUCUUGAACAUGUAACGAAAUGGGAUGAUCAAGGGACGUCUGAAGAAGAACCUGAUGAUAAUUACGACGAUGAGAUUGCGACUGCUUAUGAAGAAUUCUUGAGAGAUUCAAAGUGCAAAUAAAAUUCGAGACAAAACGAAUAUAAUCUCGCACAAAUAGAUUUGUAUUUUAGCGCAAGCGUAUUUUAUUUUGUUUUAUAAACAUAUUUGUUGUUUGAUUUUUAAAGUGACAUAAAUUUACGUACACGAUGUAAAAUAUUAGAUAUCUCUAUUUAUCACAAAAGAUAGGACGAAAUCGUUUUAUACAACACAUUGAUCUAUGGAAAAAAAUCGAUCUAUGCACCAAACUCGAAUAAUUCAUAAAGAUCCGCCAUGUAGAUAAAUACGUAAUAUCGAUAUAUGUAUGUAGCGUAUAGAGUGGUUCACUUUGAAACAGAAUACUUGAAUAAAUUCAUUUCAUUGCACGCGAAAAAAAUAUUAAGGUCGAAACUUAUAUAAUUAAAAAGAAAAAAAAAACGUGUACAAUGCAACAGAAAUUCUUUCUCAAAAACUAUAUUUCCAUAAGAUCAGCAUGUUU